AAACAAUUCCACCCAAGGGACGGCACCAAAGAGGAAAAGCAAAGGAAGCAAUGGCCAGGAAGGUGGCGGUGAUUGGAGCCGGAGUCAGCGGCCUCAUCUCCCUAAAGUGCUGCGUGGAGGAGGGGCUGGAACCCACCUGCUUUGAGAGGACGGAAGACAUCGGAGGCCUGUGGAGGUUCAAAGAGCACGUGGAAGAUGGUCGAGCAAGCAUCUAUCACUCCGUCAUCACCAACACCAGCAAAGAAAUGUCCUGCUUCAGUGACUUCCCCAUGCCUGAGGAUUUCCCAAACUUCCUGCACAACUCUAAACUCCUAGAAUACUUCAGGAUUUUUGCAAAGAAGUUUGAUCUUCUCAAAUACAUCCAGUUCCAGACGACUGUCCUUAGUGUGAAGAAACUCCCUGACUUCCCAUCCUCUGGCCAGUGGGAGGUUGUUACCCAGAGCCAUGGCCAGGAGAGACGCGAGGUCUUCGAUGCAGUCAUGGUUUGCAGCGGUCAUCACAUCAUACCCAACAUUCCACUGGAUUCAUUUCCAGGUAUUGAGAAGUUCAAAGGUCAGUAUUUUCAUAGCCGUCAAUAUAAGCACCCAGUUGGAUUUGAGGGGAAACGCAUCCUGGUGAUUGGAAUAGGAAACUCGGCUGCAGAUAUUGCUGCUGAGCUGAGCAAGAAGGCCGCUCAGGUAUUUAUCAGCACCAGACACGGUUCCUGGGUGAUGAGCAGAAUCUCGGAAGACGGCUACCCCUGGGACAUGGUGUUCCACACUAGGUUUAGCUCCAUGCUCCGAAAUGUCCUGCCCCGGACCGUUGUCAAAUGGAUGACGGAACAGCAGCUGAAUCAGUGGUUCAACCAUGAAAAUUAUGGGCUUGAGCCUCAAAACAAGUACCUCAUGAAAGAGCCCAUACUGAAUGAUGACCUUCCGAGCCGCAUCCUCUACGGCGCCAUCAAGGUGAAGCCAAGGAUAAAGGCGCUCACGGAAACUGCCGCCAUUUUUGAGGAUGACACGGUGGAGGAGGACAUUGACGUCAUUGUCUUUGCCACAGGAUAUACUUUCUCGUUCCCUUUCCUUGAGGAUUCUCUUGUCAGCGUGGAGAAUAACAUGGUGUCGCUGUAUAAGUUCAUGUUCCCCCCUCAGCUAGAGAAGCCCACCCUCGCUUGCAUUGGUCUCAUCCAGCCCCUCGGUUCCAUUUUUCCAACGGUGGAACUUCAGGCUCGCUGGGUGACGAGGGUUUUCAAAGGCUUGUGUAGCCUUCCCUCAAAGAACACUAUGAUGGCAGACAUUAUCAACAGAAAUGAAAAAAGAACCGACCUGUUUGGGAAAAGCCAGAGCCAGAUACUGCAGACCAAUUACGUCGACUACUUGGAUGAGCUCGCUUUAGAGAUAGGAGCAAAGCCAGACAUCGCCUCUCUCUUGUUCAAAGAUCCCAAGUUGGCUGUGAAACUCUAUUUUGGGCCUUGCAACUCCUAUCAGUACCGGCUGGUCGGGCCUGGGAAGUGGGAAGGUGCAAGGAACGCCAUCUUCACGCAGAAGCAACGGAUCCUAAAGCCCUUAAAGACACGGGCUCUAAAACACUCAUCUCGCUUCCCCUCUCCCUUCCUGCUGAAAGUCCUGGGCCUUUUCACUCUGAUUGUUGCCUUCUUUUUCCAUUUCCAGUGGUUCUGAUCUGUCUGCAAACCACUUUUUCGGCUUUCUUACUUUCUCAGUACCUCUUAAAGAAAAAGAAGGCUACAAGAAAUAAUAUUAACUCUAAAUGUUCAUGUUAGAAAGACAAGUAAAAGGAUUAAUUGUAGGGAAAUAGGAGAAUUAGGUCUACAUGUAAAACCAAAAUUAUUUCCUUGCCAUUUCACCCUUCCCUCAAGGUAAUUAGAGAUUAAUUUUGGAGAAAAGUACAAUUAAAUAAGCCUCGCCCAGAUCAAUAGCACUCUCAGCCUGGACAGGGCUUGAGCUAUGUGAUAGAAUUACACAGAAUGAGAAGCAGUAUCCGUAGUGUAAAUUACCAGCAAUUUUAAUAGCGGCAAGGUAUUGAAAACUCUUGCACAAAGUACUCAGCAGUGGUCCUAUUAUUAUUAUUAUUAUCAUUAGAGAUUCUAUUAUUUAAUAGAUCUCAGAUGCUGCUGUGCGCCAUUGGCUAGGAUCACUCAAAAACACUGAACUGCGGAAAGUGGUGGUGACACCCGCGUGUAAACUCAGCCCUCAGGAGGAUUGAAACCCUGCCUCAAACCAAACCAAACCCAAAACACUGGAGGGCCUCAUUACUAAGCAAAACAACGACCCUAUAAAUGACAAAUACGCCGAGUAUAAAGCUCACUGAUAAGCAAAUAAGCUAAGAAAAUAGUUACAUUGCUUACAUUUGGGGCAGAAAAGAAUAAAAGUAAGAUAAAUAAAAUAAGUAAGAUAAGUAAGAUAAGAAUAUAAGUAAUGAUGCCAUAAUAGCUAGCUAAAAAACAUAGAUAAUAUAUAAUAUGUGAAAUGCUUAUCAUAGGCCAGAUUGUGCUGUAUACACAUCAUAUAUAUUUUGCUUCCCACAAUUCUGAGAUAAGAACAGCUGUUAUACCCACUUUAUAGAUAUAAAACUGAGAUUCAAAGCAGUUGUAUAACAAGUACAAAAUCACAUGUCUAAUCCUAGAUGAAGCUCAAAUUGGAGCCCAGGAUGGAUGGACUUUAGAACUGAAGGUUAUAACUUGAUCCACAAGACACUUAUUUAUAAGACAUCUACUAAAAAUAAAGUACUUACUAAUCGUU